AGAGGAGCACCAAAUUUUGCUCAAAAAAAGAAAGAAAGUAGCACCAAAACGCCGUACUCCCUUCUACUCACAUCAGCUUGGUUCGGUUCGGAGUCCUGAUUUUACUCUUCUCGUUGCGGCGUACGGCCCCAGUAUAUAGCUCUUCUUCCUUCCUUCACGUCCAUAUCAUGCCAUUGCUGCUAUCCAGGGCCUUCUUAUCCUUAUUCGUCCCAUCCAAACCCUCAUUCUCCAAUUCCAUGGCUCUUUUUCCCGCAAAUUCUUGUCCCAAAGCUCGCCUUCGAGGCGUCAUUUUUGACAUGGACGGCACCCUCACCGUCCCCGUCAUCGAUUUCGCUGCCAUGUACAGGGAUGUGCUCGGCGACGAUGAGUAUCGCAGGAUCAAGAAGGAAAAUCCCUCUGGAAUUGACAUCUUGAACCUCAUUGAGGACUGGGAUCCCGAGAAGCAGCGUAUUGCUCACGAGACUAUCGCUGAUUACGAGCGCCAGGGACUGGAUCGCCUCCAAAUCAUGCCUGGUGCAGCUGAACUUUGUGGUUUUCUUGAUUCGAAGAAACUAAGGAGGGGAUUGAUCACACGCAAUGUGAAGAUGGCGGUUGAUAUAUUCCAGAAACGAUUUGGGAUUACAUUUUAUCCAGCAUUAAGCAGGGAAUUUCGUCCUUAUAAACCAGAUCCAGCUCCGUUGCUGCAUAUAUGUUCAGCUUGGGGACUUCAACCAAAUGAAGUGAUGAUGGUAGGGGAUAGCCUUAAAGACGAUGUUGUUUGUGGAAAGCGAGCAGCAGCUUUUACAUGCUUGCUUGAUCAGACUGGAAAAUAUGAUUCUCCUGUGUAUGCCGAUGUUGAAUUCAAACCUGAUUACAAGGUGACUUCCCUUGCUGAAAUUCCCUCAGUUCUGGAAGCAAAUUUUGAGCUGGUACCAUGAUGCCGAGUCCUGUUCACUAGAAGACAUUAACACUCACCCAAGCGAUUUUUUCUUUUUUUCUGACUGGAUCACCCCAAGCGAUUUAGCUUGAGGUUAAUGCAAAGCAUUGUGUCGAGGGUCUUUUUCUAUGCCUCCGCUUAGGUCAUUGAGAAACAAGAAACCUCUUAAAAAUGAUACCACGGCAUCCAACAGAUACGGGUUCAGAGAUCGAUGGAUCUCAUACAUUCUUGUGCCCCAGAGUCUAGUAGGCUAUGACUAAACCAAGCUCAUUUUUUCUUCGGCAUUUGGUGGCUCCAGUUUUUAUUGGACGCGAUUCUUCGACUCAUGGUUGCCGUUGUAGAUACGUAGAUACUGAUAAAGCCACAACUUGCAGCAUUGCUUAUCACAA